AUGGUGGCGCCCGGUGCAAGCGGUUGUGAAGUUAAACUCAGAUGGUUGUUCAAGGGGCAAUCCUGGGAGAGUGGAGGGGGAGGUUUGUUUAGGGAUAGCGAUGGGAGGGUCCUGGUGGCAUUCUCCUGUUACUUUGGGGAGAUGACCAGCUUACAAGCAGAGGUGAAAGCGUUGCUUCAUGGGGUACGGUUAGGUGUCGCACGAGGACUAGCCAAUUUUCAUGUGGAGUCUGACUCGUUAGUUCUUAUCCAGAUGUUGCAGGGGAGAGCCAAGUGGCCGUGGGUGGUGCAGAGGGAGUUACAAGAAUUGGCGGGUUAUAGUCAUCUCUACACCGAGAUAUCACAUUGCUUUUUAGAAGCGAAUAAACCAGCGGAUAGGCUUGCUAAGCUUGGGGCGGAUUUUGGGGAGUCAGUAGUGUAUGACUCCGUCCUUGACCUUCCCCGUAUGGUUAGAGGAGAUGUUACGUUGGAUAGGUGGGCUAGUCCUAGUUUCCGUAGGGGUAGAAUUAAAGGGUAG